CGCCGUUGGGUUCGUCAGGCCCGAGCCGCGCGGCGGAACGGGCGGCGGGGAGGCUCGGCGGCGGGAGGCUCGCGGCGCCCGGGCCCGCGGCGUCCGGCCGGGCCGGCAGCGUCCGCGGAGCGGCGGGAAGAGGUAGCGGAACAGACAAAGAGCGGCGCCUGGGAGGGCGCGGCCGCCGCCCCGGGACCCGCGCCGCUGCCCUCCGGCCUCGGCUGGCGGUGGGCGGCAAGAUCUCAUAUAUUCCUUUUCUACAAGUGAUUUCUCAGACCAUAAUUCUCUGUUGAGAUUUGAGUUGGAUUUCAGAAUUUGGAGAAAUCCUGCAGCUUUGACUGCAGAGGUGUAAUCAGCUGAAAAAUUUACCUCUUGAGGAGUUCUGUGUUUUGCCAGUCAUCUCUUAUAGCUGAACACCAAAAGUAAAAGGACUCCAUGAAAGAUGACAGAAGAAGUCAUUGUUAUAGCAAAGUGGGACUAUACUGCCCAACAGGACCAGGAGCUUGACAUCAAGAAGAACGAGCGUCUGUGGCUGCUGGAUGAUUCUAAGACGUGGUGGCGGGUGCGGAACACCGCCAACAGGACGGGCUAUGUGCCGUCCAACUACGUGGAGAGGAAGAACAGCCUGAAGAAGGGCUCCCUGGUGAAGAACCUGAAGGACACCCUAGGCCUCGGCAAGACCAAGAGGAAGACCAGCACGAGGGACGCGUCCCCAACUCCCAGCACCGAUGCGGAGUACCCUGCCAAUGGGGGCGGCGCCGACCGCAUCUAUGACCUCAACAUCCCAGCCUUCGUCAAAUUCGCCUAUGUGGCUGAGAGGGAGGACGAGCUGUCUCUGGUGAAGGGGUCACGUGUCACCGUCAUGGAGAAGUGCAGCGACGGCUGGUGGCGUGGCAGCUACAACGGGCAGAUUGGCUGGUUCCCCUCCAACUAUGUCCUGGAGGAAGUGGAUGAGGCAGCCGCAGAGUCCCCCAGCUUCCUGAGCCUGCGGAAGGGUGCGUCCCUGAGCAAUGGCCAGGGCACCCGUAUCCUGCACGUGGUCCAGACGCUGUACCCCUUCAGCUCUGUCACUGAGGAGGAGCUCAACUUUGAGAAGGGGGAGACCAUGGAGGUGAUCGAAAAGCCAGAAAAUGACCCAGAGUGGUGGAAGUGCAAAAACGCCCGGGGGCAGGUCGGCCUUGUCCCCAAAAACUAUGUGGUGGUCCUCAGCGAUGGGCCAGCCCUCCCUCCGUCACAUGCCCCGCAGAUCAGCUACCCGGGGCCUGCGGGCAGCGGGCGCUUUGCAGGCAGAGAGUGGUACUACGGGAACGUGACACGCCACCAGGCCGAAUGUGCCCUCAAUGAGCGGGGCCGCGAGGGCGACUUCCUCAUUAGGGACAGUGAGUCCUCGCCCAGUGACUUCUCCGUGUCUCUCAAAGCAUCAGGGAAGAACAAACAUUUCAAGGUGCAGCUUGUGGACAACGUCUACUGCAUCGGGCAGCGGCGGUUUCACACCAUGGACGAGUUGGUGGAGCACUACAAAAAGGCCCCCAUCUUCACCAGCGAGCACGGGGAGAAGCUCUACCUCGUCCGAGCGCUUCAGUGAUGCCUCCCCUCCAGGCCGUGGUGCCUCACUCACUUUCCCAGGGCCAAGUGGGUAGCCCCCAGAAGACAUGAUGGGGCACGAGCUCUGCAGAGGGCCUGCUCCGUCCAGUGGCUAGUCCCCUACUGGCUUCCUUUGCCUGGUUGAUCUUUCUCUCCAGGUUGGUUGUUUCCAUCUGCCUCCUCUCCACCAUCCCAGGCCCUCAUUCCAUGUUCAAGGCCACUCUGCUACCAGCCAGUUUUAGAGAAUGGGAGGUGAAAGAGGGGUGAGUUUGUUCACUUUAUUUCUUCUGAGUUGGAAACAGCCUUAGUCUGUUCGCCUUGUUCAUGCUGUCAGCUCCUCUCAGUAAGAAGACACCGGGCACAGGUGGAAUGCACCAAAGCUGCCCUUGACAAAGUGACCUACAGUGCACUCCAAGGUGGCCUCUCCGGAGAGUCCUGGGCUCCCGCAUGCCAGGCAGCACAGGCAAAGGUCCUGGUUCCAGCAGCCCUUGUUCCUGUCCUUUGCUCUUACCUGGCUCCCAGACUCUCCAAGGAGUGAACACGUUUGCUGGUAGCAAUACUGGAACACCAGGUGAGAUAGUAGUGAGGAAGCUGUCCAGUGCCUUUGGGGCUGUACUUGCAAUAAGAAAGGAUUUCCUUGAAGGUCAGUCUGCAAGAGGGACUGGUGACUCGGAAAGAUAUGUUUUGGUAAUUUAUCCCCAAAUGUGCCAUCUACAUAGUGCUUUUUCUUCUUGCCCUUUGGCUUGUUUAAAUUUCACAAUUAUGUAUUUAAUUCUCAAAGUAAUAUGUAGCCAUUUGUUGACACUAAUACAGAUGAUUAAAGAAAAUAGCUGAUCUUUGGGGAAGGGAAGCUACCAACACUUUACACACAUACACAUAUAUAUAUGUUUUAUAUAUAUAUAUUAUUUGCUUUACAGGGAAAUGUUUCAGGGUUUACAAGAGAAUAUGUAACUGGUAGUAAGAGACACAAUGUUUGUUUUCUUUUUUCUUUACAUUUGAACUUCUUUAUAGUUUAAAUAUACUGUCUUGAGGUGGCACAUUCCUACAGUCGAAGAAGGGGUCUUGAGACCUCCCAAACUUGCAUACUCAGUUUUUUGGAUAUUGUAAUAAAAAAGUAUUAUGACAAAACUGUGUGUGUGUGUAUCUUUGGGAAAACUGACUCAGUGACCGGAGAGCAGCGCCUGCAGAAUUUCCUGAACUCUCAGUGCCUGACAGGAAGCAGUUCUAGAGAGGAGUUAAACACAUGUUAUAGUGUGUUUUCUUUUUCUACCACCACAUUUUUGUGCGUUGAAAUAAUAAAUUUUAACUAGUGCAACUCCAAGAGAAA